UCUUUUUGCGUGAUGAAUUAAUUUCUGAAUACAAUGGCUUCUUCUGUUGAAACUUUCUUGAAGUUCGAAAACUAGAAGAUUAAAAGUAAAGAAGAAUCAGCUAAAGCAUAAAAAUAAGAGAAACAAAUUCUGAGGAGUAGCUGUUGAAACGGAUACUGCGCUGUUUUUAGCUCUUAAACGUCGAGGAUCUCGAGUGGGUAUUUGAUUUCUGGAUAGAUCCUGGGAAGGAGCUUUUGGUCCUGCUUGGAACCACAGAUUCUGUUUCUUCUCAAGUUUCAUCAACGUAUCGUCAAUUACCUUGAGAAAUCAGGUCUGGCUUUUGUCGGUAAUGCAAUUGCAUUCAAAGCUCUUGUUAUUGUGAAGCACUGAAAUUGUAGUUUAGAACGGGCCAUAACGUUCGAAAAUCCCCCCAUCAAGCUUCUUUCAUUUUCUUGGGUAUUAAAUUGCUGUUCAUUUAACUUAAAUUUUGACUUGAGUGAUGUAGUAAAAUAGAUUAUGCGGUAAUCUAAUAAAUUUUUGUUCAAAAAGCAGGUUUUAAGUUUGAUUGAUAGGAAAGGAUGGCCUCUUCCUGGGAACAUUUUGGAGAAAUAGCAAACAUAGCCCAGCUAGCGGGCUUUGAUGCUGUGCGAUUAAUAGCUAUGAUUGCUAAAGCUGCAAGCACAGCCCGAAUGCAUAAGAAGAGUUGCCGGCAAUUUGCUCAGCAUCUGAAGCUGAUCGGUAACUUGCUGGAGCAGCUCAAGAUAUCGGAGCUUAAGAGGUAUCCCGAGACGAGGGAACCGUUGGAGCAGCUCGAGGAUGCAUUAAGGAGGUCUUACAUUUUGGUUAAUAGCUGUCACGACAGGAGCUACCUGUAUGUUCUAGCCAUGGGGUGGAACAUUGUAUAUCAGUUUAGAAAGGCCCAGAAUGAAAUCGACCGGUAUUUGAAGCUUGUUCCUCUUAUCACUCUGGUGGAUAAUGCUCGAGUCAGGGAGAGACUAGAAGUUAUUGAGAAAGAUCAACAUGAAUACACCUUGGAUGAAGAGGAUAGAAGGGUGCAAGAUGUUAUAAUGAAACCAGAACCCUCAAGAAAUGAUACCAUUAUUUUGAAAAAGACUCUUUCUUGUUCAUACCCAAACAUGGGUUUUAAUGAAGCACUGCAAGAGGAAAAUGAGAAGCUUCAAUUGGAACUACAUCGUUCGCAAUAUAAUCAUGAUGUGAAACAGUGUGAAGUAAUCCAGCAGUUGCUUGAUGUAACAGAAGUUGCUGCUACUUCUAUUACAGAAACCACAAAAGGGUCUAAGAAAGUGGAGCGUAACUACUCAGAUGCCAAUAGUAAGAAAGAUCAUUCAUAUGAUGCAAACUCCCCUAAGAAGCCUGAUUCUCGCUCAAUUUCAAGAAACACUUCUUCGGUUUCAUCUGGACAUGAUCUGCUCUCUGAAAGAGGUUCACAUCGGUAUGAAGAAUGGAAUGCUGAUUUGCUUGGUUGUUGCUCAGAACCAUCUCUGUGUAUAAAGACAUUCUUCUAUCCUUGUGGUACAUUCUCAAAGAUUGCUACCGUUGCAACAAACAGGCAUAUGUCUUCUGCAGAAGCAUGCAACAAAUUAAUGGCGUAUUCAUUGAUAUUGUCGUGCUGUUGCUACACUUGCUGUGUUAGAAGGAAGCUUCGCAAGACAUUGAACAUUACGGGUGGAUUUAUUGAUGAUUUCCUCUCUCAUUUGAUGUGCUGCUGUUGUGCCCUGGUUCAAGAAUGGCGAGAAGUAGAGAUGCGUGGGAUCUACGGUUCAGAGAAGACUAAAACAAACCCUCCACCAUCACAGUUCAUGGAAUCAUGAGUGAAAGUACUGGAAGACAAUAUUCUGUUGAGAGCUUUGUAUAAAAGUCGAAUAACGAAGGUAAAACUAGUUGCCAAUAUCAAAUUGAAACCGUACUAAAAGCUUGCUUCGAAUAUACAGAUGUAUAUAUAUAUAUAUAUAUAUAUAUAUAUAUAUAUAUAUUUUAAUUUAUAUGUAUGUAAAUUAGUGAAAUUGUUAUUGGAGAUUGAACACGUGUUUUUGUU